UCAUGUCAACACGCCUCAGUCGGGCGAGCGUUGUCGUGGCAUAGUGACGUGUAUUACUUAGACACUAUCUGUUAUCAUUUUUCCGUCAACUAGUGUUUUUGCAUCAAACAUCCGCCUACGCUUUAACAAUCACAAAUAAUAUUAUGGCCACGAUGUACUUCGGUGGUGUUGAAGGGGGAGCAACGCAUUCGAAUCUGGUGAUAUGCAACGAGUUCGGCAAAGUUGUGGGCAAGGCGCGAGGACCAGGCACCAACCACUGGGCGCUGGGUAUAGACGAGUGUGCUAAACGAGUGAUCGAUAUGCUUCACGCUGCUAAACAAGACGCCGGUAUACCUCUGGACCAACCUAUCGACUCUUUGGGUCUCACGCUGUCAGGGUGUGAGCAAGAGAGCAGCAACGCGGACCUCGCGGCCCGUGUGAUGGAGAAGGACGGAGCAUGCGCUGGCGCUAUCUACGUAGCAUCAGACACAGCUGGUUCCCUUUUUACAGGCGCACCUAAUGGUGGCAUGGUGCUUAUAGCUGGUACUGGAUCGAAUGCAUUGUUAAGGACUCCAGAUGGUCAGCAAUAUGGUUGCGGAGGUUGGGGAUACCUUUUGGGCGAUGAAGGUGGUGCGUACUGGAUUGCUCAUCGCGCAGUGAAAGCGAUAUUCGAUGAUGAAGAUGGCUUGGUGCCGUCACCACAUCCAACUAAAAGGGUCUGGGAAGUAAUCAGUGAACACUUCAAAGCAGAAACACGGGCUGACCUUCUACCACACGCCUAUAAGCACUUUGAUAAGUCGCAUUUUGCAGGCCUCACAGCGAAGCUCUCGAAAUUAGCAGAACAAGGCGAUGCGUUGUCGCAGCACCUGUUCGCGGCGGCGGGCGCGGCGCUGGCGGCGCACGGGGCGGCGCUGGCGGCGCGCGCGCCCGCCGCGCUGCGCGUCGUGUGCGUCGGCUCCGUGUGGAACAGCUGGGGCGCGCUGCGGCCCGGGGUGCUGCAGCAGCUGGCUGCGAGGCGGGUAAAAAUUGAGUUAGAACUUGUUCGACUCAGGGUCUCGAGUGCUAUGGGAGCCGCGUGGCUUGCAGCUAAACAUGUCAACUACAACCUGCCCCGAGACGAUUCCGCGUUCUGUGAAGUCUUCUACACAUACAGGCCCGAUGUUAACGGCAAAGUUAAUGGAUCACACAACGGGAUACUGGAAAAUGGAGUUCAAGGCUGCGGGUGUACUACGGGUAUCGUAGGUUAUGUGAGUGCUAAAGAAAAAGUAUCGGCUGCUUCUGUGAUAAGUUUAUCAGGUAGAAGGGAUAAGUAUAACUUUAUAGCUGAUGUUGUGGCCGUGUCUGCACCGUCUGUGGUGUAUAUAGAGAUAAAUGAUGGUAGACGGCACGAUUUGUAUACCGGUCAGCCGAUCACCUUGUCCAACGGUUCUGGAUUUAUCGUUAAAGAAGACGGACUUAUAUUGACGAACGCUCAUGUGGUUGUAAACAAGCCUAAUGCUACAGUUAAUGUGCGGUUAAUGGAUGGCUCAAACCAUACGGGAUUUGUCGAAGAUGUUGAUUUGAAAUCAGACCUGGCAACACUACGGAUUCCAGUGAAAAACUUACCUACAAUGAAGCUUGGGUCUUCCGCUGACAUCAAGCCUGGCGAGUGGGUGGUAGCGAUGGGCAGCCCCCUAGCUCUGAGCAAUACUGUGACUGCGGGUGUGAUAAGUUCCACGCAAAGAGCGAGCGAAGAACUUGGGUUGAGAGGCAAAGACAUGGUGUAUAUUCAAACAGACGCACCGAUAACCUUCGGUAACAGUGGGGGGCCGCUCGUGAACCUGGACGGUGAAGCUAUCGGCAUCAAUAGUAUGAAGGUCACGUCUGGAAUAUCGUUUGCGAUACCAAUCGACUACGUUAAAGAGUUUUUAGCUAAACGUAAAACGAAAUCCCCACCAGUAUCCCGAAGGUACUUGGGUAUAACGAUGCUGUCGCUCACACCGAAUAUUCUCCUGGAAUUGCGAAUGAGGAAUCCAGAGAUGCCGACUGACAUUGACCAUGGUAUUCUGGUAUGGAAGGUUAUCAUUGGAUCACCAGCUUACAACGGAGGCCUACAGCCAGGGGACAUCGUGACGAGCAUCAACGGCAGCCCCGUACGGAGUGCCGGAGAUCUAUACAGCGUGCUAGAGACUGCCCCCGGGAAGCUCUCCAUGCAAAUAGUCCGGGGGAAGAUCAGGACCACAGUCAUCAUCACGCCGGAAGUACAUUAGAAAUAUUCUUAUAUAUUUGUAUAUUUUAAUAAAUAUAUUGAAGUU